AUGGAAAAUCCAAGUAUUGCUUUAGUGAUGAGUUCUGAAACUAGGAUGAAGGAAAUUUGUAAGUUGAGGAAUUUGAUUCUUUAGAAAAGAUAUCUCAAAAAUGGUUUGAUGCUGUUUUAUCAGCAAUUUGGGCAGGAAAUUUCAAAGCAGAUGAGAAUUUGUAACAUCUUGUAAUAGAGACAAAUGAUAUAUCAACAUAUAAUUUGAGUAAAAAUUUUGAGAAAGCUUUGAAAUUUAUCAACUAAUGUAUUAGUUCAUUGCGCUGCUGGAAUUUCUAGAUCAUUUGAUAUAGUAAGAACUUUAUUUGAUUUUUCUAAUAUAUAUAUAAAUCAAUAUAGGGAAAUACAAUCAAUCUAAAUAUUCAUCGAUAAUAGCCUUCAGGAUAAAAUGCAUAAAAUAAAACCACAAAAAGUUUUAAGAAGAAUCAAACAAACAAGACCUUAUGAAAAUCCAAAUAAAGGAUUUACAAAAUAAUUAGAAAAGUCUAAUUAAGAAGUAAUGGAACAAAAAUAAUGA